GACAAUGUAACUGAAGUAGAAACUCCAUCUGCAAUUAAGAAAUUACAUGCCGACGAAGGCAAAACAUAUCUACUCAACAUUCCAGCUCCAAAGUAUGAAGAUAUCAAAGAAGAUGGAAAAGUUAAACUUCAAAUUAGGUUAGCUGGAUCCAAAGAUCAAGCUCAAUCCAAUAUCAUUGAAACAGAGGUUUCACUUCAGAAACAACAAUACGUUGCACCAAGCCCUGAUGAUUCCAAGCCAACUCCAACACCUGAAAAUAGUGGACUUACUGGUGGACAGAAGGCUGGUAUUGUUAUUGGCGUUCUUCUUGCUGUUAUCCUUAUUAUUCUCAUCAUCUACUUCGUUUUCUGCAGGAAACCAUCUAAAGAUAAAUCAUCAUCUGAUAUCCAAGAUGAUUCCGGCUCCGGUGUUAAUGUGUAA